AUGUAUCACGACAACUCUUCAUCGCGAUCGCCUGGAUCGCAACGCCAUCCACAAACACUCCACAGGCAGCCAUCACGCCAGUUUGACGCGUACGGUCCGAUGCCCACGAAUCCUUAUGAUGAUCCGCUAGCGAGAUAUGACACCUCUCGGCUUGAUCGACUCAAUCCGCUACACGGUAGCACAAAUUACGCUUAUGAACUUUCCGGCUCGCAAACCUGGAAUCCCAACGGAUUUGCCGGUGGACAUUCUCUUGCUGGACUCGGCUCCGCCACCGGUAGAAUGAAGCCUUCACGAGGCAGGACUGGACUCCCAACACCUUGGCUCGAUCAACAACCUGGUGUUCCUCCGUCCCUGUCCGGCUUGGCCCCUGGUCCGCUUGCUGGCACCCAAAUGCAAUCUUCUUCCAGCCAGGAUGGUGACGAUGAGUUGAUUCCUACUGCGAUCGUAAUCAAGAAUAUUCCGUUCGCAGUCAAGAAGGAACAGCUUGUGCAAUUAAUGACCGAGAUGAAUCUUCCCCUUCCAUACGCCUUUAAUUACCACUUUGAUAACGGCGUUUUCCGUGGCCUUGCUUUCGCCAACUUUACAUCCGCCGAGGAAACUGCUACCGUGAUUGAUAUGCUCAACCACUUCGAAUUACAGGGUCGCAAACUGCGCGUUGAAUACAAGAAGAUGCUUCCGCUACAAGAACGUGAACGUAUCGAGAGAGAAAAGCGAGAACGUCGUGGACAGCUUGAAGAGCAACACCGACCUAUUGCUGCAUCCCAGUUGCAGACACAGAGCUCCAUGUCUUCAUUGGCCUCGCAUAUCCCCGCUACAUCGCCUUCACCGGUCUCGCAACGCGGGCCAAAGCUUGACGUCGAUUUGAACGAUAGCCAGACCUUGCAAUUCUACUCGCAGAUGCUCUUGUUCAAGGAAGACAUGGGCCGUGAAGCUCUUAUAUUCCCAUCCAACCUCACGCCAGUUCAGCGUCGAACGGUGCACACUCUUGCACAUAACAUGGGCUUGAGUCAUGCGUCGCGUGGCACUGGAGAGCAACGCCAAGUGCAUGUCUUUCGCGCGCCUCCUGGCUCUAACGUCAGCCCGCCCUUGUCCUCGAUUCCUGCAACCGUCCACGCCGCCGAAGCAUCUCGUCGUGGCCUGAACCGCGCUGCGACUAUCGAUUUCAGCGAGUCUCGCAGCGAAGGACCCGGUCCGUUCAGUACCAUUCGUGGACAAACAUCAGGUUUCCUAGGUGUUUUAGAAUCUCCCGGCGGAUUCGGUAACCCACAGAACUUGCGUGCAGCCAAGUCGUUCGCCGACUUGCGCUCCUACACACCGUCUCCCGUACCAUCGUCUGCAAGCUUUCCCGCUACACUUCAGACCAAUGGCGCACGCCUUCAGCAGCAAUAUGAUGGUACUGCCAGUGGAACAUCCAACACUCCUACUCUGACCCCCACGCCAUCUGGUGCCUCCCUUGGCCUUCAGCGAGAUGAUGGACUUCUCGUCAACAGUCUUGGUGGUCUUUCCCUCGGUACGAGUCUCGGCGGUCCCGCUGGUAGUCCAAGGCGCUUGCGCGGAAUGUUUUCUUGGGAGCAGGAUAACCAAGGUGCGCCAGCUGGAGCCAUUGGCAGCAACCGGUCUAUCGGGGUAGGAUUUGACAACCAGUCUCAGGAACGUCUUCCUAUGCGGCAACCUCGAGGACCCGCUCCUGAACGCGGCUCCGGAUUCAGACGCCAAAACGGCCACCAGUCACGCGGUAGCGACGAACUUCGUACGGGAUCUGGUGUGGAGAUUAUUGUUGAGUAA